UACAUAACGCUCCGAGACCUCGGGCUAGCAGCUAGAAGAAAGAAAUCAACACUUCGCGCCUUGCUUAAAAUGGACAAAAAAUGCUGGAGGGCGUGACGAGGACCCCGCAUACGAGAGGCGAGUUCUGCUUCAUCACCGGCCGUCGCGCCUCGACUCCAGGAGCGUGCGCUGCAUAAAACACGGCGCGCUCAUGCCACCCUGCUGGAGGUCGUUAAAAACGCCUGUUCGACCGAAGCAACUUUUGAAAUCGAGGUCAACCAGCGGGCAGGCGCGUGACGAGUCCCGCCAGGCGGUAGUCAUGCUGGUCGUGCUCGUGGCCUCCCUCCUGGGGCCAGCCGCCUCGUCUACCCACGCCGAGCUGCCCUGGUCGCGAGUGGCGCCCGGUGUCUCCGCAGAAGCGUGCGACUCGACGCCCGGCUCGGCCGACCGACUCUACUGGCUCCGCGACGGACAGCGGCUGCCGUCACCGACGCCCGACCGGUUCUGGCAGCCCGGUGCCUACCUGUGUGUGCGCGAAGGGAACCGCACGGUUAGCUUGCUGCGCGCUCUUCUUGUGUCAGAAGUGGACGAUCUCUGCACUGCGGGGCUACCCGACGAAGACCGAAGUCGCCGGCGUCGCGUAGCGGACGGCGUCCGCGCGCGCAACGCGCCCUGGGUGGCGCAGCUGCUGGUGUCCGGGCGCUUCGUGUGCGGGUGCAGCCUGAUCGCCCAGCGGUGGGCUCUCACGGCCGCCCACUGCCUGCCCGAACGGGACAACGCCCAGCUGGCCGUGUUGCUGGGAGCGACGCGCCAGAGCGGCCCGCGGAUCAACGUGCUGCGCGCCGUACCACAUCCGGGCUACGUGCGCGGGACCCCGUUGCGAGAGCACGACGUCGCCUUGCUGCUGCUGGAACGGCGCUCCGAGCACCUGACCGUGGCCUGCCUGCCUCCUGCAGAGGGCUACCUCGAGCGCUUCUCUCAGGGCGUCCUCUUCGGCUGGGGCCGCGUCGGACCCCGCGGAGGCCCCGCGCUUAAGUUGCAGGAGGCAUCGCUGCCCAUCGUCACCAGCCGCAAGCGCUGCGAGGCGGCCGUGGAACACUUGGCGCCCACGGCAUUUUGCGCGGGAUUUGGCGAGGCUUACCGCGCCGACGCCUGCGAAGGGGACAGUGGAGGACCUCUGGUCGGCUUCGCGGACGGGCGACCUGUACUCUUGGGCGUCGUCAGUUGGGGACACGCGUGCGCGAGGCCCUUCACCUUCGGCGUGUACACGCGCGUGGACAGUUACUUGGCGUGGAUCCGUGGCCACGUCACGAACACGUCAGAAGGCUAAUCAUCGU